AUGGUCGCCAGCACAAACGUCGAGAACCAACAGAAUGCAGACAUGUACUGCGGUCCCGUGCAUUCGCCUUACAGGGAUUUCUACCCCGAAAACCACUACCACUACAUGCACGGCGCACCGCCAGAAAUGUGCAUGCCCCACGGUCCGGUGACAGUUCCGAUGGUGUCGACAAACUCGACGCCGCCCAUCGCCAUGCCCGUGCAAGUGCCGCCCGGGCACAUGGUGCAGCAAAUCGUAGACGAGAACGGCACGCUUAGGCACAUGAUAAUCUCGCCGCAGCAUCCCCCUGGACUUGUACCUCUUCCAUCGCAGCACAAUCACCACCACUACGGUGCUGGUCCAGCGAAUGGCACAAAUCAGUCGCAACAAUUUUACCCGGGCAUGCCGACCAACAACUUUCCACCUCAGCACUUCCAUUCCAACAUGCAACCUGGGCACCAGAUGCCCGGGCAAACUCACCUGGGCCACAGUCCACCCCCCAAUCCGACCUACUACAAGGACGAGCGGACGCAGCGUCAACACAUCAAGCUCAAAAAGAAGCUGCACGAGAAACAGCAGAAGGUGGGCGACAGUCUGUCGCCCAGGAAGGAUUUAGUCAACGGGUUGAAACGGGGGAACGUCAAAGACAAGGGCAUGAACAGCGUGGGGAAUAGUGAGGACGGCGAGGAGAGCAGCGUGCCUGACGAAGACGAAUCCAUUCAGAUUAUAACAGACAUUUUAUCUUCCGUCCAGGCACCAGUGGUGUCUGAACUGAGCUCCCGCAGUGCCUUAUUACAGUGGGGACAUCCAACGAAGUUAUCGGAAGCGGCUUCUAGCGACAGCUUAGAAAUCGACAUUUCCGAGCAGGAUCUUCGUUACGAGGUCCUGCUGAGCGACAAAUCAAAGGAGAUGAAGUUCAAGUCAAUAUACAGCGGACCUUCGCUCUCUUGCCGAAUACAAGACUUAAAACCUGGACAGGAAUAUUCCGUAUGCUUACAAGUACACUUAGACGAAUUGCAAGGUUCCGCUACUGAUCCCAUAAAGUUCGACACUCCUCCUUGCGAGCCCGACCAGCCUCAGAUCCCUAAGCUCAUUAACAGAACGAAAAACUUGCUUCAACUGAAAUGGAACGCGGUGAACGAUAACGGCUCGCACAUCCAACACUACAUUUUGGAAUACGAUGAUGGGAAAGGUGGCGAGUUCACCGUCUGCAAGAGCAAAAGCAAAACGCACACCCUCCAAAAACUGCAACCUGCCACCGCCUACAAGUUUCGGCUCGCCGCCGUCAACUCCGUGGGCAAAUCCGCCUACUCGGACACGGUGGCGUACGCUACGUACGACAACCCUCCGACCAAACCGAACCCACCCACCCUGCUGGAAGCCAACGUGUACAGUCUGCACCUCACGUGGCAGAACAGGCCUAAAGACGACGAGUACACCCUGCAGAAGAACAAUCCGAAGACGGGGCACGGCUUCCUCACGGAGUACAACGGCCGGGAGAACCAUCACGUGUGUCAUAAUUUGCAGCACUGCAGCGAGUACAGGUUCAGGUUGUGCGCGAAAAACGAGAGCGGGACCAGCAGCUGGUCCGAGGAGGUCACCUUCUUCACGCAGCCCGCGCGGCCCUCGAGGCCCUCCAAGCCGGUGGUCAAGGGCAGAAUCCACGCGCACUCCUUCAAGCUAAAGUGGGAACCACCCAGCGAGAAAGGGGGAGCAGAAAUUUCCAGGUAUAUUUUAGAAGUAAAUUCGGGUAGCGGAUACAAGUCCGUGUACGAUGGUGCACAAACGGAAGCAGUCUGUGAUAAUUUAAAUCCCGGCACUACCUACCAAUUACGAGUCAGUUGUAUCAGCGAUGGCGGUCGUAGCGAAUACUCAGAUCCUUGUACUGUCACCACUGAUGCCAUAAGCCCAGGCAGUUGCGAAAAUCUCGAGCUUCAUGGUAAACCGAAAUCGCACUCGAUAAAUAUUCGAUGGGGAGAACCCGCUUACAAUGGCGGCGCUCCAGUGCUCGAAUACGAAGUCGAAAUGAUCGAUCCCGAAGGUUGUCAGAGUCUAGUCCACAAAAAUAAAGAAACGCAAUGUACGGUAACCGAACUUAGUCCUGGAUGUGAAUAUAGCUUUAGAGUGCGAGCUGUAAAUAGAAUAGGUCCCGGAGUGUGGACGGAUUGUCUGAAGGUGACGAGCGGGGCGGCCGCCCCGACCGCCCCCGAAAUUCCCCAGCUCCAGUGCAAAUCGGCAUUCCACGUGUACGUCGAGUGGCGGGCGCCCCAAACGAACGGCGCCCCGAUCACCGAGUACCGCCUUGAGUUCAGUCCGAUCACCGACGAGAACUUUGCUCUCGUUUAUCAGGGUGCCGAGACAAAAUACGAUGUCAAAGGUCUGGUUCCUUUCACCACUUACUUCUUCAGGGUACAAGCUUGCAACGUGGCCGGCGGCAGUCUUUACUCGCCAGUGGCGGCGACUUUAACACCCGCCGCCCAACCGGCCGUGGUGGCCAAUAUCAGGAGCGAGUCGACUCCGAAGUCAAUUACACUGCACUGGACGGCUCCGUUGGACAACGGCUCCCCCAUCAGCCAUUACAACAUCGAACUGAUGGACAGGAUCAUAUCCACCGAAGGACCUGUCACGGAGUACCUCCUGGAGAAUCUAACGCCUGACACGCACCACAAAAUCAAGAUUCAAGCGGUGAACAAUGUGGGACCCGGUGCAUUUUCUUCCGUAUUAAGAACCUCGACCCUAAAACUACCACCGGCAGCGCCGAAAUUGGAAAUCGCCGGCGUGGGGCACAACUAUCUCAAACUAAAGUGGGGCGAGGGCAAAAACACCGACUACACGCUCUACUGCGUCGAGAUGAUCAACCUUAGGUCCCAUGAAUAUCAAUGCGUGUACAAAGGCACAGCUUUGACCAGCAAAGUGAACAAGCUGCAAGAGAUGACGACGUACACUUUUAGAAUAAAUGCUUCCAAUGACGCCGGAAUUGGGGAUUUCUCGGACGAGUUCGAGUUCACCACCGGCAUUUCUCCCCCAGCUGUGCUCAAGAACCCGAAAGUCGUGGAGGUCGAUCAAAAUUUGUGCGUUUUGGAAUGGACGCCUGCCAAAAAUGUCUUCGCCGAUCAGGUCGUGUAUUGUGUUCAGUACGCUUUGCUCAAGGACCAAGUCUUUACUAAGGGAUACAAAGGGCCAAAAACUAGUUGCUCAUUGGACCAGCUGACCCCCGGGGUGGAGUACGUGGCGCGCGUGUGUCCCAUCAGGAUAACGGAAAGCGGCGACGAGCUGUCGGGUCCGUACACCCCUGUACUGCCAUUUGCGACGUUGCCGGCCGACGCCGCGGUAUCUUCCUCGUUAAAGGUGAGUCAGGCGGCUGCGCAGAACACGCCCGUGCACUCGGCCAAAAACCGGCACGCCGCGCAUCCCUUCUACCACUUGAUGAAGUACAGGACGUUGACGUUGCAGCAAAAAAUCCUGGCUGCCACGGUCAUGUUCACCGUGUUCGGUAUCUUCAUCUCGAAGAUAAUACUGUGUGCAAUAGAUAUGUGA